CUCACUCACCACUAUGAUUAUGUCUGCCGCAGUAUUGGUGGGCAUCGUUAAAGCACAAACCAACACAUGUGCCCAGAAUAGCAUGUAUGAGUGUGGACAACUCGCGGGUUUUAACGGGGGCAUGCCAUUUUUGUUUUACUGCAAUAUAGACAACACUGUCGAGGUCAUUAAAAUGUGCACUUGUAUCGAGUGCUGUCAUGUCAUCAACGGAGGUGUAGGUCACUCCGGGUCUGUGCACUGCACAUAAGGGCUGUCUCUGUAACUGGAACUGGUUGGUGCUAGGAGAUCAGAAUGAGGCCUUUGGGAUCGUAGACCCUAUAUGUUGCGUCAUAUGCUUUUCCUCCUUGUGGCACUCCCCGACUCCCACGGUUAGUGGGAGAACUUCGGGUUUUGUCAGACGCAAACGUGGUCAACCAAUGUGCAGC